AUGGCCAAAAAGAAGCCGGCCAGCACACCAGUGGAGACGCCAGUUUCAGAUGCCGGCUUGCCCCUGGCCAUUCCCUUUCUUCCUGUGCCGCAGUUCAGGAGGUUUGCCGCGAAUGAGCCCGGCGAUGCGGGCUUCGACCCCCUGAAUCUGGCACGCGACUUGAAGGGCUUCAACAACCUGCGGGAGGCCGAGUUGAAGCACGCCCGCCUGGCGAUGCUGGCUGCUGUGGGCUGGCCACUGGCCGAGAUGCUCCAGCCUCCAUUGGCCAAGCUGACGGAGCAGCCAUCACUUCUGGCACCCAAUAGCCGAGCGCCCUCCUUCCUCAACGGCGGCUUCGGAGAGCCCCAGCUGAUCCUGACCCUCGGACUAAGGGUUCGGGGUUUGGAGGUUUUGGGGGUUUAG